GGCGCUCAGUGGCUGCGCUUCCUCCGCAUCAGGCGUUACGCACGCGUCUCGCAUCCGGAUCCCGUGUGUGGUGUGCACUUUCGGUACAGAGGCGGACACGUCCCGCGAGUACUCGCGCGCGCGAUAAAACGAGGAUCCGUUCGAGUGUGUAAAAUCGCGAUCUAUUGCGCCGCGAGCGUUUUCCCGCUCGGUCGCGCGCGCAUUGCACUCGCGAUCUUCCCGAUUUUUCAUCAUCUCCCAGCGUCGCUCGUCAUCGUCUUCAUCGCUUAACGCGGUGGGAGAGUACCUAGUGAUUGAGUGCGCGAUCGAGAGAAGAACUACGUACGUCGCCGGGUCGUCGGGUCGAUCUCGAGACGCUUCUCAUUUUCCUUCGCUCACAUUUUUCCCGUGCUACUCGCGGGAUUUUCUCCAGUGACAUCGAAAGAACUGUCCCCCAUCGGGAUUUUGUCGCGAGAAAAUGAAAGAUGAGAGCUGCAUACAAGUUCUAUUAUCAAAUCUCAACAUCAAAAUCUGAAUUUGGAUACCAAGAUGUGUGACCGAUGCUGUAAACUAGGAUGAGCUUGCGAACGGAUCGUCGGGAAUACCAUCGGCGAAUGAAACGCACGGCUGAAUAAUGCACUGUGAAGCGGUAAUCUCGCGCUAUCAUUGUUAUGACGUAGCCCGAGAAGAAGGAUGCAGCACGGCAAAGGGGGAUAGAAGACACGGAACGCUCGAAAAGGUGCAUGUACAGACUGGCGUCUUGCUUUUGCACCGUAAAGACGCACGGCUACAAUAAGAAGCAGAAGUGGAGACGGACACGUGUGCGGAAGGAUACGCGGUCCACAUCCGGCCCGCCAUCCUGGCGGCAUGGUCCUUUGGGCCACAAUACUAAUCCUCCAAGGAGCUGGAUUCGUAGGCUCGGUGACAGGCAUUCCCGGCGUCCCGGAAAACAUAACGGUGAUGUUCCUGAACCCGACGUCUGUGCGCGUGUCUUGGAGCACCAGCCAGGUCGAGCAGGUGGAGAAAUACGACGUCACGUACAAGCCAACUGACGCCAGGAAUUAUGAUAACAGUUACAGGGUGGUGGCGGUGGUCGCAGGAAAUAGCGAAGCAGUCACCUUGAGCGGCCUUCGGGCUGACACUCAAUAUCAGCUGGUUGUAACUGCCGUGAGGGCCGGAAAGAAGUUUCGAAGCCGACCGAUCGUCUUCCGUACACUCGGUAAGCUUUGCCUUCCUAAGCUUUACCUGUCUCCGGCAUCACGGUCACAUGUGACAGAGCCACCACGCACGUCCCCACAGCAGGAUGCAGCGGUAACCGGUGGUCCUCUUCCUCCACCUCCACCGUCCUCGCAGCAGCCUCAACCGUAUAUACAAAUCCGCGGCGUCGAGGUGGGCAUAGUAGUGUUAGUGCUGAUAGUCUGGGCGGGCGCGAUAGCCCUGUUCUUCAAUCGCUGGGGCAAGAUACGCAUGCUGCUGCCGUACCAGCCCGACUACAAGGAGCAGCUCAAGGUCCCCGGCACCGGCGUGUGCGCGAAUGCGAACUCCGCGUACACGCAGCACCCGACGCAGCACGCGUGCUCUCAGCAUCUGCACUGGUCGAGCCAUCACGUGGACUCCUUAGACAGCGGCGGAGCUUUAGGCUGGCCGAGAACCUCGAGGCCGCGCGUCAACAGUGCCAUCGACGUGGCCGGCUUCCUAUCGCAGGAAUUUCUGCGACGCCACGGGUCCACGUCCAAAUUGUGUCGUAAGGUUCGCAGUGCAGAUAACUUACCUCUCGCGUCAUCUCGCCAACAUGACCCGCGGCGGAACUCUAAGGACGAGAGUACCGAGGGCGACCGGGAAUCCUUCCUGAAGCCAAUUCAGGACGACAAGUCCGAGGACCAGGACUCAAGGAGGCAGAGCAGUCUCGAGAGCGCAACGAAGGACAAUACGGAAACAUCGUUGUUGGAUCCCGGUUAUCAGCAACCUUCGUCAAGGGACUCCCCGGUGGCAUCUUCGUCGUUGGUCACCAGACGUUUAGGGGGAUGGCGCACCGGCGGAGGCCACGAGUACGUCAGAUGCCCCGUGCGACAACCUGCUUCCAUGGACGAGCGGUGUUAUCGGCGAUCGUACGAGUCCGAGGCCCCUCGUCCGCUACGGCAUCACCACUAUCACCGACGCACGGACGGCGAGCGGCACACGAAGAGCUGCGAGUACGCGAGGAGGGCGACCACGGAUUCCAGCAUCGAGGUCCAGCACUUCGGCCUGCCGAUCCUGAGCGUGAGCGAACCGAGCCCGCCGGACGAGAGUGAGCGCGUCGACGACUACUUGUAGGACUUGCUUGCCGAGGACUUCCUCAAGGAGCUCCUCGUGUGAUCCGCCCGGCUGAUCCCUCUCGCGCGUGGCACGGUCUUGCCCUUAGUCUUCAUCCCUUAGUCUCGGGGACCCUCCCGAGACGGGACCCGGACAUUUUUCCCUCCCGCAAUCGGCGCGGCGCGGCGUGUCGUGUCGACCCUCCGCGGGGGCCGACGGCGCCGUUCUGCCGCGCGUCGCGACCUCCCAGGCGAUCGCGAUCGGUCCAAGUAAGUCGGAGCAAGACGGGAGAGCGUGCGGGUCUCUCGAUCGCGCGCGCUCUUAUCCCACUUCGUAUUGUAAGCGAUAUACUCUUACGCGUACUUAUCUUAGAAGAGUUCAGAGCUCAUGAAUAUAUUUGCUACUUGUAUUAUAGGAACCGCGCGGCUACGAGGAGUAACCGAACUCGCGUUUGCUCCGGACGAUGCUUUAUUUCUCAGCACGUUGGGAAACGGUACAAACGCGAAAUACUAAUACUAUCUUUCAACAUAGUUGACUCUGCUCGUCAAUAUAUAUUUUUUAGAAGCUCCCGUAAAAUAAAGGAUCGAUGAUGUUACACAUAGAUACAUUAAAUAACAAUCGGUGUGUGUAUGUGCGUGAUUAAAUCUGUGUCUUUUUAUAACGUGCCGAGAGAGAGAGGCAAAGUCCGGAUCGAACCUGACCACCCUCUCUACAUCGUAUUACUUCUAAGACGUACGUGGCCUGGUGGAUAAUUUCGUUAUCUCUCGAUAUUGUAGACUGAUACUGCUUAAUUCACGACCGGAAAAAAAUUCGGUCGGGGCUGUCGUAUUAAAUUCUCGAUAAUUAAAGUCAAAUUCACUGCACGUCUUUACUUACGAUGGUACAUCGUCUCACGGUUAACAUGGCGUGCGACUUAAGGGGGAAACCUGGCUUAGUAAGCCGAGAGAUGCAUGACUUUUAGCAACUUUUUUUUUCAGCUAAAAUAAAACCAAUCCAUUUCGAAAUUUUAAGGACGUUUUACCACAACUUUAAAAUGUAUAAACAAAUUUUUUAAUAAAAUCACAUUAAUUUUUUGUUUACAAAAUAAAAGCAUGCUUGUAAGCAUAUUGCCAUUGUAAUUGUUCCAUUGUGUACAUUCUAAUGAUCGUAAUUUUGUUGUUUGAAACAAAAAAAAACCAAUUUUGUAUUUUAUUUUUAUGUUAUUAUCUUUUAUAAAAAAAAUGUGUGAUUGUUACAAAAAAUUUUUUACUUUUUCUUGCAAAAAAUUAGUAUAAUUUACAGUUUCUCAAAAACCUUUUAGUACAUAUAAAAUAAACACUAAUUAUCUACAAAACAAGACCAGAAACAAUUCAAUUAGAUGAUUAGAUUUUUCUCGAUCGUGCACACAAACUCGAAAAAUUCGAGAAAAAUGCAUUUUUUGGAUCACACAAGUACUACGCUCGACUCAUGAAGAUAUUCUCAGAUAGUGUUAUUAUCGAUUAAAUCAACUUUUGAAAAAUCGUUUUUUGCGACCCUAUAAACCAGGUUUUCCUCUUAAGGAUGACGAAUGAGCUCGCAUUCGUAUAGAUUCGUUCAAUUACGUUCUCAAUUACGCAUGAGUAAUUGCGUAAUGAUAAUAUCUCUCUGUCUGCAAUCAUAUUUACUCCCUCUGUCUACGAUCUGGGUCUUUUUUAUCCGGCUAAGUUUUAUUUUUCAUGUUCCAGAUUUUUUCGACAAAUCUGGAAAGACAGUCCGAGUUUUCAACUUACACUGUAAUAUAACAGAAAAGACCUAGAUUACAGACGGAAAGUUAAGUUUCCUUCCACUUCGCGCGUACGAUUUCUCUUCCACGAUUUUUUCAAACUCCAGGCGUGACAGUGGCAUGAAGAACGGUAUUUUUCUUUUGUCGCUCAUCAAUGUACGAUACAUCAAAGUUUAAGUUUUUCCAACUUCUGUAGUAUACCUUCUGUAACUUCUCUAAUAUAAUUCGAAAUUAAAUACACAGAAAUCUCGAUUUAAUGUUGAAGCCACAGUUCAGAUUUAAAACAGUACGGAUUAAAAACAGACGUUUGCUCUCAAGAAUAUCGCUUUAUCACGUUUAUUUUCAGCAUCGUUGGUAGAGGAAGGUCGUCGAUAUCGACUUAUCAUUUUGUUGUUUGAUUAUAUUUCUUAAGCAAACGUUAAUAAUAAAACUGGAAAUAUAAAUACAACCGCGUGGAAAGUGUCUCCUGAUAGAUAAUAUAUUUUAUGUAAUAUCGUUUCAAAUUUUGCAUUAAUUGAGUUUCAACAGAAAUAAACGCAAGAUCAACAGAAAUAAACGCCAAAAUCGAUAUGAUAUGCAAUAAUGCAAAACGCUUCCCUUUCCUUUUUCUUUUACAAUACCUACAAGUUAAUGUAUAUGAAUUUCUUUAGAAGACUUUCUUUUCGAUGUAAAAUAUUUUUGUCGAUUGAUACAAUUAUCUUAUGCAAGACGUAAUAUAUGAUUUGAUGUUUAAAACUGCAUUGUUAAAAAAAUAAUAGGAAAGAGAAAACUAUAAAUAAAACAGUUUUAGUUAUGAACUUGUAAAAUGAUGUAAUAUUAUCAAUAAUACAAUCAUUAUCGUUUAAAUUUUGCAAAAGAAAAUUGUACAAAUUUUAUUCUCAUUUUUGAAGAAUUCGGUUUAGCAGAUUUUGUGUAAAAAGACCAAGAUAUAUAAAUCGUAAGGUUUUUCUUUAAUUAUGUAAGCAAAUCAUGUUUCUAUUUCUAAAAAAAGUGCACUGUUUAGUUGUUAGAAAACCUAUCGAUAUUGGCGAUUUUCCUCUUUAAUUUUUCGACUAGAUUUCUCUCGAGAAUCUGAUGUCAUAAAGUCAUGUCAUAAAAUACUUCCAUCUUACGCAGUUACAUAAAAUAUCAUAUACCAAUCUGAAGCGAAUAUAAAAUUGGCUAUAAAUCUCGUGAUUUAACUAGUGAGCAUGAAAUAGAUGUUUUACGAAGAACCUUGUCAGUGAUAGUAGAAUCUUACGAGCUAUUUUCAUAUUAUCUUAUCGCAUUCUUCAAAUACUUUAUAUGAAAUCAUAUCAUGUAAAAGAUAUUACCGUUAACUCACAAGGAGAAAUCUACAAUUAACGAAAUUGUUACAUAAUUAAAAUCUUUAAUUACAUCACUCGAAUACAUAUAUACAUGACAUCUUCGUGUUUUUAAUUUUUUUUGUUUAUCCACGAGGGGACCAGGCAAUAAGUCCGGAUGUUGUUUUUAAUCAUUUAACAAUCGGCGAACACAAAUUUGUAUUCCAAACAUAUCCGCGCGAGGGGCAAACAUGUUUGUUUGUAACUACGCGGUAAAAAUUUUUUGUAUAUAAUUAUACAUAAUUAUUUAUAAUUAUAUAUAAAAUAUAUAAAAUAUUUUAUAUAUUUUAUAUAAUUAUGUAUAAUUAUAUAUAAUUAUAUACAAAAAGCUUUUUUACCGUGUAUUAAGCAUUUCCGCGUUAUCGAAGCUUAGAGCCUGGGCCAAAACGUCUGUGAUACACGCACAUUUUUAGCCCGUGGAUAAGCUUGACGUCUCGGAAAUGUUUAUUCAAGUUGAGUGGUUAAGCGUCAAGCGAUUCGCGCCUCCUGUUCACGCGGAGUGUUUGAACGGUAAUCUUAGAAUGAACCUGAAGGCGCACUUGCUUGCCUUAUCUCCCGCAGUAGUAAAGAUAAACGUGCAGUUGCGAGUAUUCGAAAUUAUACGCCUCGACCACUUGCAAUACGUAUCACAUCAUCGUAUAGCGUAACGCACGGGAUCUCUUGGGUCAACCGCGCAAGCGCUCUUCUUCGGCCGUUGAAGAAGAGAAGCGCGGUUGAUCCGAAGCACAUCCCGACGCAUAUGCCGGGCGGGUGUGCGCUUGCCGCUCGUAGAAAUCGAUUUAUUUUCGCAUUACCCACAUGUCUCUUCCAAACGACGAUUUAAGACUUGCGCGUGCGAAAGUUCUCGACGCACAGAUGCCUGAAAGCUUGAAUCGUAUUCUGAUCCUUCGCGAGUCGAACGAGAGUCGUUAGAUUAAUUUUUGCAAAUGCGUAGGGAACUUCAUAAUAGCACUCUCUUGAUCCAUCGAGCGAAUUCCUUUUUAGGCGAAGCUCGUCGCAUAUGUCGCAUGAAGCUUAUUAUAUAUAUGCGUGUAUCAACGUCUGUGACACCAUGAUGACGAGAGACGGAGGAAGAAAUAAAUAAGGGAAAACAAAACUUAUAGCGAUGUUAGUAGUAGAACGUUUGACAGUCUCACACACUUUUACGCUAAGAAGAUAUGUUAAUCCAUCUUCACGUGUAAUUAAGUCGACUAUAUAUACCGAUCAUAUCAUACAUUUAUGAGUUAAGCGAGGGUUUGGAAGAAAUCGCUACUUCCAGGUAUCUACGCGACUGCGAAACCCUUUCACUUGAGCGGAAGAAGCGACGCUAUAUCCUUUGGCAAAGAACUUAAUCGCGAGUGAGCUGCGGGACUCCGUCUCUACGAAGAGAGAAAGAGAGAGAGAGAGUAUCGAGGAAAUCUUCCUCCUUUCGGCUUACAUAAUCGAUUAUCAGGGUUCAUCGCAACUUGGGAACAAUACAAGAUUGUGUAAUAAUGCGUGCGACAGAAAGACCGCGCGAGAAUGACCCCGCAAUUGUCGGCAAUUAUCCGGAGCAUUCUGCAAGAUGGAGGGCCUUAUCAGGUCAAUUUAGAGAAGAGCAGAGUCGCGCGGCUUCUUUCCAUUAUCGCAAUUCGCUACGCGAAGCACACGUUGCCUGCGUUGCCCGUACCGAUCUUUCUCAACUCCGCGUCUCUGGACCAAUCGUCGUAGGAGAAAGGGGCCACGAUUACAAAAUCGUGAUUGUAAAUCAAACGCUUCAUCUCAUCGACGCGACUAACAUGCUGAAUUCGUGAAAUUUCUUUUAUUACUCGAAGCAAAUUAAAUGAAAUGAAAAUGCUAAAAUAGUAUAAAUUAGUUUAGCAGUAAUUUUCCAAUUCAAAAUUAUAUUAUCGUCUAAAAGAUCGAACGUCGGGACUUAAAAUAUCGCUAGGCGUUCACUAUUUUAUUCGUUAGUCAAAGAAGAGAUAUCAUUUUAAUAUCACAUUUUAAUAUGACAUUUUUUUUGUUGGGACAAUCGAUUUUUUUAGCUGUAUUUAAUGAGAUUAGCUUCUCAGACAUCAUAGCACUGUAAUUACAGGGUAAAUAAGAAUAGCGAUCGGAAGUCAUCAGAUUUCUAUAUAUCAUUAUUUUUAAAAAGAUACGGUUAAUCUUUUCAAUACUUUAAAUUCUUGAUAUCGUUAAAUCGCGGGUAAUUUACAAACUGUGAAGUUUAGGGGACCAAUCAAAUCAGAUCGCACGUACUCACUUUUGCUCAUGAACGACGAUUUUUAUAGGAUACAAUUAUUGCGCACUACAUUACACAAAUCGAAGAACAUUUGCCAGUCCCUAACUUAACGAUCGACCGGAGGACUUUUAUUUCUGGUUUCAAAUGACGAAGUCAAACGAAUAAGAUUAGGAUAACGUCACAUAUGUUCGGUUCUUUAUACGCAUACAUAUCUUACAUGAUUAUCUCAUUCACCGAUAUUACAUCGAUAUUAAGUCUUAAUACAUGCAAGUAUUCGUGACGAUAAAAAUACUAAUGUAAGCUUCAGUAUUUUCUUUAAUCUCAUUGUCAGUAAAAGCUCUUUGAUAGAACGAGAAUACUUUUCUACUUUUAUUUUAGAUACAUUGCGAUUAAAUCGUGCUUUCUAAUCAUUCGCUCUCCAAAUGAGACGAGCCCCAUAAAUAAAUAAAUAGUUCAGGAGCUAUAAUAUUUGUUUUGUUAUUAUAAUUAUGGUUUUAAAGAUUCUAUGUCAAUAUACAUAUAUAUAUAUAUAUAUAUGUGUGUGUGUGUGUGUGUGUGUGUGUGUGUGUGUGUGUGUGUGUGUGUGUGUGUGUGUAUAAAUGACGUUUUAAAUUUGUAAAUAGUUCGAAUUGAAUCCAUCGUCUAUUUUCAUUGUUUUAUUUAUUCUUCUAUCUAUGCGAUUAAUCUUGUAUCAACGCGUACUAGUUCUCAUAUCCGAUUGUCGAUUUCCAAAACUUUUUUUUACUUUAUUUCUAAAUCUUAUAAACUAUUCAAGUAUUUUUGAACACGAUAAAUAAACAUUUUUAUAAAUUUGUUUCAUUAUUUUACAGAUUUGUAUCAUGAUUUUAUAGAAUUUAGAACAAAAAUAAAUAUUGUUCCAUUAUAUUUUUCUAAUGAAAUGCAUUUAAGUAUCACUUCGAUAGUGACAUCAUAAUUGGUAUUCAAUGUUUAUUUAUCAAUAUAAUACACGUCACACUUAUUGACUAACAUCUAUUAUAAAUUUUUUAAAAUAAAUGAAAAAAUUAAUUACGAAAAUGUUAGGUAAUAAUUACAAAAAAUAAAGUGCUAAGUAAAAAUUUUAUUCUUUGCAAUCAGCACUUUAUUUUUUUAUAAUUAUUAUCUAAAAUUCUCGCGAUUAAUGUUUUCGUCUAUAAAAGGGAUUUACGUGAAAAAAAAAUGAAAACAGGUUAUUAUAUUUAAAUUAAUGUGUAAUGUAAAUCCGAGAAAAAUAGAUUCUAAUUAGAGUCGUAUUAAAUAAAUUUGUAUUAACUUUAUAGAGUUAGCCACUCGCUCCACUUGAGAUCUUACGUCUGAGAAAUUAGGGACCUACGUAUGUCUGAAAAUUGGAAGGUUAAAUGUCACAAAUAUGUAAUCUGGCUUAUUAGUCGUUGCCCUACUGUACGACUUUUCCAGAACUGAAAGCCUAGCAUUAGUGUUCGAUUAUCUAUUUAUCUUAUACUCCUCAAAGUUACUACAGCACGUGAAAGUUUUGCGAGAGAGAGACACAUCGAAAUGUUAUGACGAACUAUAUCCCAUUCUUCAAUUUUGCCAUACCAAAGACGUCACUAAAGUAGCUAAUAUCACAUCUGAUAUUAAAUAUCAGGUAUUGUGUAUCUUUAUACAUUACUAUAGAACUCCAAAGUAGCUGCAGCAUGCUCCGAAUCGAUAAUUCCGGGUUGCCCGUUUCAGAAUUUUCGCGCGAACGCGCUUUAUGCCGCACGCAUUAACGAUGGUCUAAACGAUGUACGGACAAGCGAGCGACAAGAGCGCAUUUCUACAUUACGGUAACUGCGUGAGGAAGAUCGAUAAAAAAAAAAAAAUUCUCAAUUCUCCCGCGAAAAUCACCGCGACUGUCGUGCAUCUUCGUUAUCUCGUCUGUCGAUCCGCCAUCCGCGGGCUGCGCCGCUGCGACCAAACGCGCUUUGUACGUUCCAUUCUAUCGUAACACACUCGUGUAAAUAUCCACGACCAACUAUCGUAAAAUAAUAAUUAUAAAACACGAUAUUUAAACACAUUCAUGAACGACACAUUUUAUCCUUGAGGGGGGGGGGGGGGGGGAAUACGCCUCAGAAUUUAAAGAUCUUAUACAUGAUGCAUGUGUAAUUUCGUUCAUUUUUGCCUCUACCUUGAUCUCGCUCGCACAUUGGACGAGUACAGCGCGAGUAAUAUAUGAAUUUUAAUAUCGUUCUAAAUUACAUUGCGGGACUUUUGAGUAAGGUGAACAUGGAAUAGUGUGUAUCAGAGGAUCAAUUUUACAUCGUCGCUCGUGUGUACGAAUGAGCAAAUUUGCCGUUCCACUUAAAAGAUUAACAGAAUGAAGCUCUCAUUAGCAGCAAAUCUAAAUUUUUUUUUUUUUAAGCUGUAAUUCUUUCCGUACUUAGAACACACCUGUGUUUUCCGGACCUUUACUGCACACCGUGGGUCGUUUGUGUCUGCAAUUAAUUUCCAUCAUACUUUUUACAAAUAAUCUUUUACGAGUCACUUUUAAAAAUAAAAAUUAUUAAGUAACUCAUACGCAGUGUUAGGCAAAAUCUAUUCAAUUUAUUUAUUAAUAAUUACGAUUAAAAUGUAUUUCUUAAUUAUAGUGAUUAAAAUUUUUUCAUUGCCUUGAAAUAAAUCGUAGGUAUUAAUUAAUUAAAUUUUUAAGCAACAAAAAGAAUCGAUUACAAUAAAUUGUAUAUAUUUGUGGUUAAUUUAAUUGAGUAAUUGAAAAUGACAGAUAAUUAAUUUAAUUUGUAAUAUUGUAUCUAGUUUCAGUUUACAAUUUCAAGUCUGACUGUGUUCGGCGCGCAGCUUCACAGAAACUGAAAAUGUAUUUAUAUUAUACAUGUAAAAUGUUAACAAAGAUCCAGCCUCGAUUUUACUUGACGCUUUAUUGAUUAUUUGUGUAAUUACACUUAAAUGGUCUAGUUCAAAUUAUUAUUUUUUAAAUAUAAUAAAAGAUUAACGAUUGACGAUCGAAUAUCAUUUGUUAAACAACAGUGUUUGAUUUAUUUUAAUAAUUAAUUAAAUCAAUCAUAAUUGUGCUUGUCAUUAAUUUUUCUAUUACUUUAGGCAAACGAAAAUUUAAUCCUUUAAUUAUACAAAAAAUCACUUAAUUUUAUUAAUUAAUUAUAUUAACCAUGAUUAUAUAUUUUUAAAAUUUUUAGUCGAUUAUUUUAGUUAACAAAUAAAUUAAUCGAUUAAUUGCCCAACACUCUUACAUAUGUUUUAACAUCUUUAGCAAGUAUUUGUGUUAUGUAUUCCAGAAAAACUGUACAUAAAUCUUAUAACUAAUUUAGCCGACAAGAUAUUUUAAAGAAAAAAAAAACAUGGGUAGGACACAAAUAACCCAAAGUGUGUGUUAAAAACGAAGAAAAAUUUACGAAACAUUUUUCUGCGCUGCAUAACAAGAAUAAGAGCUACAAGAAAAUUAUCUGCGAGUGACUGGGCGUCCGCAUCGUCUAAUCUCUCGGAUGAAAGAAGGAAAAGCAUAGAGUGUGUCGAGUAAUACGAAUGAAGACUUAGAACCAGCGGCUUGGACGACCACCUAAGAUUUAUAUAUUCAAAUAUACAUAUAUACGCAUACGUAAUUAUGUGUACUUACAAAUACUUCGCGUACUGUACGCUAAUCGACGAAGAGUUGUCGACGCAAUGAUUUCAAUUUCACCUGAGUAUUAUUUUAAAAAAACGAUAUGUAACAAAGAAGCCCAUGCUCGAAUCCAUUUUCUCAUAAUCUUAAAUGUAGUUUGUUACCGACGAUGCAUUAUCAAAAUGUUCAUACACUUAAAUAUCUUAAAUAGUAGUUUACUUUUCUCUGUGCAAAAAGUUUUUUGGAAAUUUUGCUUUAUGCCACAUUUCAAUUCAUAUUUACAAAUUCCCAUCGUUUUAUUGUUUAAUAGAGAUACUAAUCGUUGAACGGUCAUCAGCUAGUAAAUGACUAUUUAAGAAAAAUAUUAAAAUAUAAAAAUUUGCAAAUAAUUGAUAUUCUUUAGAUCUAAUUUUCAUGCAGAUUAAAUAACAUCCUUUACUUGAAAAUAUACUUGUAUUAAAUUGUUUUUAUUUUAAUUUAUUAAUCAAUUCAAUUUCUCAUAUUGAUACAAUGAAUCUGUAUUUGUCAUUUAAAUAAAAAGAAGGUUCAUUUGAAUAUCUAAAGAAUGUUAAUAUUCGGUGUUUCAUUAUUUUUUUACAUUUCACUGUCAUCUCUGACGAACCUGAAAAUUUAACAUAAGAAAGACAUGGGCUUCAUACCUUAUGUACACAUGCGCGUAUACACGCGCGCGCGUGCGUGCGAAGGAACCGAAGGAUUCAAUUACCUCCAGACAUUGAUAAUUAUAGCUUUAAAUAAAGAGACCAAAUAAUUAACGAAGAGUCCAUAUUCUCUUACGGAAAGGGUAGCUCUUUAGAAAAACCCGAAUUAAGCAAUUUUGCAAAGAAGAGAUCUAUGUAUCCGUCUAUUGUAUCCUCUAUAUGUAUGUAUGUAUGUGUAUAUAUACGCAUAUAUACACAUACAUGUAUAUUUGUAUGUAGAUUAGCAUUCUGAUCAUAUUGAUCCAAGUUUUGAUCAGUGGUAUAUAUCGCGCGAUCGUGCGCUCGAUCGAUCGAGGGUGCGGAUGAGAGUGGAGAGCUCCGUGUGCGCUUACCUGGAUUUAAUCCCAACCAUUUACUGUCUCAAUCGAAGGGCCAGUAAGUGUGAAUAACUGUGAAGAGUGCUUGGCCGUCGUAGGCAAGCAUUUUAGCGACGCAAACGUCGCCGUUACCGAACAAGUACUAGCACGUAAAUCAUCCCCCUAGCGACGUAGUAGCGGCUGUCGUCAGAUCAGAAAUGUAAAAAUAUUCGAGAUACCGAUGUUCUAUCGUAAGGGUAAUAUAGGGAGAAUCAGGAAGGGUAAACGUUAUUUUUAAUAGAAUAUUCUCUACGAAGCUAUUUUCCUAAUAGAGUCACGCCUCAAAUAAAUCAUCCCGCCUCUCGGAUCCGCGGAUUUUUGUGUACGUACGUGCGCACCCUCCAUCGUCGACGCCUAAAUGCCUAAAAACCUUAUCAAAUAUGGUGGAGCGUGACGGUCAUUACGAUCAUCCAACGGUGCUCCCCAACGAGCUUUUUCUUUCCUCGACGUCCUCGAAAUGACGACGCGGAUCGAAAGCACGCGUAAAUUACACUUCUCCAAUUCGAUGUAUAUUUGCAUGUAAAUAUCUCUCUGUAUUCAUUGGGUCAGGGAAAAAAAGAAAGAGAGAGAGAGAGGAGAGAAAGGGAGAAAGGGAAAGGAGAAUCCUCGCCGUCCGCAAUCACACGCUUACGACUGAGGGUGAGAGAAAGAGGGUAAUCUCUUCAGUGUAAUUACUUCGCGAACACACACAAUGAAAAUAUAGAGUUAAAGCCUGUCAAUUCGCGACACAUUAUAAAUUCUAAACCUGUGAUUUUAUCGAACCUAACUUUAGGGGGUUCUACCGAGAGCUUUAAAGCUCUUGAUAGAAUGGCAGACAUAUAUACGAACGUAUGUAUAUGUAUACACACAAAUGUAUAUGCGAUAUGUGUGUGUAUAUAUGUGGGUAUAUAAUAUAUUGUGUGUAUGUGUGUGUGCGCGCACACACAUACGAUCUAUACUCUAUAUACAAUCCAAUAUAUUCUCAGUUUAUGAACAUAUCGUAUUGCACGUUCCGUUGUAAUAAACAACAAGAAUAGAAACCUCGUUAAUCUGAUCGUUAAUCCUUAAUCAGUAUGGUGAAAUCAUGUAUCUAUGCCGAGAUGACAGUAAAUUAAUUAACCUUUGAAUCUCACGCACUGAGUUUCUGCUAAAUCUAUAAAAUUCAGGUUUCGCAUAAGAGAGCCUGGCUAAUAAGAGAUAAAAUGUGAUUUUGUAGUUUAAAUUGUAUGACUUGAUUUAAAUGCAUACUAUACUUGGAACGAAUAGAAAGAGAAGGAACAAGAAAUUAAAAUUUGAAUCUCACUUAUAUAUUUAAUCGAUUAGAUUUUUUCACGAUCCUCCAAUACGACGAAUAUGAAGAUUCAAAAACUCAUUGGAAAAUAUAAUAAUGUAUUUUUGAAAUAGAAAAAAAAAUAGAGGCAAAUGGUGAAUAAGAAACAUCGACGAGAGAUCAGUUUUAAUAAUCAGCUUAGCUAAACAGCAUUUUCGAUAAUGGCAUACAUACCUAAUGCGUCUGCAAAAUGUCGCCGCUAUUGUAACUAGAUAUAAGUCGCUUAUAGAAUUAUUCGCUUAAGAACCCAUUGUGCUGGUUAAGGAUUAAAAUAUAUUUUUUCAAGCGAUUAACUGUUGUAAUUAAAAAGUGUGAGUGUGCAUGUGCGAUUUCAACGUUGAUCGUAUGAGAAGAUGAAGGAUACGAUAUGAUAACGGAAAGUGGGAAUCUUUUAUUUACGUUAAAAACUUUAUAGGCGAUCCUUCUUGUAGAUAGCCCAGGAUGGGACUAAUCUUUUUAUUGAAUAAACUCUAUCACACAUCCUGUA